AUGUUGCCCACUCAUGCUAGGGAGAAGCCUCCAUCCGAGCAGUUGCAUUUAGUCGGAUUCAACAUCACUUUUUGGCCUCUAUGGCUUCAGUUCACAUCGUUAUCUCUAGCGAUUUUUGUAUUCUAUGUUGGAUAUGGCUAUAUGCAGGAGCUCAUCUUUAAACUUCCUGGUAUGAAACCCUUUGGAGUUUACCUUACUCUGAUCCAGUUCAUCAUAUAUAGUGUUUGCGGAUGGGCCGAAGGAACCAUGUACCACGAAAGGAGUAGAAAAAUACCACUGAGAGUGUAUUUCUUGUUGGCGUUCUUUACCGUGCUCACUAUGGGUCUUUCAAACGCUUCAGUGGGAUAUCUGAACUAUCCUACGCAGUCAUUUUUCAGUUACAUGUUGCCCACUCAUGCUAGAGAGAAGCCCCCAUCCGAGCAGUUGCAUUUAGUCGGAUUCAACAUCACUUUUUGGCCGUUAUGGCUUCAGUUUACAUCGUUAUCUCUCGCGAUUUUUGUCUUCUAUGUUGGAUAUGGCUAUAUGCAGGAGCUUAUUUUCAAACUCCCUGGUAUGAAACCCUUCGGGGUUUACCUUACUCUGAUCCAGUUCAUUAUAUAUAGUGUUUGUGGAUGGGCUGAGGGGACUAUGUACCACGAAAGGAGUAGAAAGAUACCACUGAGGGUGUAUUUCUUGUUGGCGUUCUUUACCGUGCUCACUAUGGGUCUUUCAAACGCUUCAGUGGGGUAUCUUAACUAUCCUACGCAGGUCAUUUUCAAAUGCUGCAAGCUCAUACCAGUCUUGAUUGGAGGUAUAAUCAUACAGGGAAAACGAUACGGGUGGCUAGAUGCUUCGGCGGCUGCGCUCAUGAGCAUUGGCUUAAUCAUGUUUGUUCUGGCUGACAGCCACGUUUCUCCCAAUUUUGAUCCGAGAGGAUAUAUAAUGAUCUCUGGAGCUUUAGUUGCAGACGCUAUCAUCGGAAAUCUGCAAGAGAAAGUUAUGAAAAAGUAUGGUGGAUCCAGCAAUGAAAUGGUCUUUUACUCUUAUUCAAUUGGAUCUGUAUAUAUUCUUGGAAUUACAAUCUUGACUGGUGAAUUCUUCGAGGCAUUUGAAUUCUUUCUGAAUGUCAGUUUGCUCUUUUCUUUUCACGGAAUGGUGCAAUAGUG